GAGAAGCAGCCCCGAGCGGAGCCGCGCCGGGGCCGAGGAGCGCGGCGGCCUCAGCCCCUGCCCCUGCCCCUGCGGCCGGGGGGCCCCGCGCUGAGCCCCGGCCGGGGAAGGGAGCCCGGCCCGAGCCCGCCAGCCUGCGAGCGAGGAGCGAGCCUGUGAGGGAGCGAGAGGGCUCCUGGCCUGCCGCUCUGCCGCUGAGCAGUAUGCAGUCCUUUCGGGAGCAAAGCAGUUACCACGGAAACCAGCAGAGCUACCCCCAGGAGGUGCACGCUUCAUCCCGGCUAGAAGAGUUCAGCCCCCGGCAGCAGGCCCAGAUGUUCCAGAACUUUGCUGGGGGAGGAGGGGGGGGUGGGGGCGGCGGCAGCAGUGGAGGCGGCGGGCGUCGUGGGACGGCGGCAGCGGCCGCGAUGGCCGGCGAGGGCUCCGGCCAUCAGAACUACCAGGGCUUCAGGAAGGAAGCUGGGGAGUUUUACUACAUGGCCGCCAACAAAGACUCCGUGACCCCUGGCAGCCAGCAGCCCCCCCAGCGCAGGCCCUCGGGUCCGGUGCAGAGCUACGGACCGCCCCAAGGGAGCAGCUUCGGGAGCCAGUAUGGGGGCGAGGGGCAUGUGGGCCAGUUUCAGGCACAGCAUUCGGCUCUGGGGGGGGUGUCUCAUUAUCAGCAGGACUACAGCGGCCCCUUCUCCCCGGGGAGCGCUCAGUACCAGCAGCAGGCCUCUAGCCAGCAGCAGCAGCAGCAAGUGCAGCAGCUGCGGCAGCAGCUCUACCAGUCUCACCAGCCCCUGCCCCAGGCAUCGGGCCAGGCGGCCUCCAGCUCUUCCCACCUCCAGCCCAUGCAGCGGCCAUCCGCUCUGCCCUCCUCCAGUGCUGGCUACCAGCUCCGCGUGGGGCAGUUUGGCCAACACUACCAGGCCUCGGCGGCGGCUGCUUCCUCCUCCUCCUUCCCCUCCCCCCAGCGCUUUAGCCAGUCCGGGCAGAACUAUGACAGUAGUUACAGUGUGAACACCAGCUCCCAGUAUGAAGGGCACACGGUGGGCUCGGGAGCCCAGGCUUAUGGAACGCAGUCGAACUAUAAUUACCAGACUCCCUCCAUGAAAAACUUCGAGCAGUCCAAGCUCCCCCAGGGAGGCCAGCAGCAGCACCCUCCCCCCCAGCACGCACUGCCCUACGGAAAUGCCGCCCCGAAGCUCUCCAUGCAGAGCCAGGUGGGACAGUACAACCAGCCCGAAGUGCCCGUGAGGUCGCCCAUGCAGUUCCACCAGAACUUCAGCCCCAUCUCCAACCCGUCCCCCGCGGCCUCCGUGGUUCAGUCUCCGAGCUGCAGCUCCACCCCUUCUCCUCUGAUGCAGAGCGGGGAGAACCUGCAGUGUGGGCAGGCCAGUAUGAGCGUGGGUUCUCGGAACCGCCUCCUGCAGAUGAUGCCUCAGCUCAGCCCCACUCCCUCCAUGCUGCCCAGUCCUAACUCGCACACAGCAGGCUUUAAAGGCUUCGCAGUGGAAGGGAUGCCGGAGAAGCGGCUCACAGACCCCGGGCUCAGCAGCCUGAGCGCCCUGAGCACCCAAGUGGCCAACCUGCCCAACACGGUCCAGCACAUGCUGCUCUCUGACGCCUUGGCCCCCCAGAAGAAGACCUCCAAAAGGUCGUCGUCCUCUUCCAAGAAAGCCGACAGCUGCACCAACUCAGAAGGCUCUUCUCAGCCUGAGGAGCAGCUGAAAUCGCCCCUGGCCGAGUCGCUGGACGGAGGCUGCUCCAGUAGUUCGGAGGAUCCUGGCGAGAGGGUGAGGCAGCUGAGUGGUCAGAGCACCAGCUCAGACACAACCUACAAGGGUGGGCCCUCCGAAAAAGCCAACCCUUCACCCCCGCAGGGCUCCCAGAAUGACCCCCCCAAGCUCAGUGCCAGUCCCACAGUGAGGGAUGACGCCACCUCACCAGACGACAAAGAAACUCUGUCGUCAACAGAUACCAACCCAAAAGGAAACGAGAAAGCGAUAGGGGUCAUUGUCUCCCGAGAAGCCAUGUCAGGUAGAGGAGAAAAGACAGGUGGCCUGGAAAAAGGCUCCCCGGACGAAGAUCCCACCGUAACCCAAGCGCCACCGAGUACCGGCGGUGCAAAGGACACUGGCCAUGGAGCACUGCCCCAACCGGAGCCCCAAGCAGGGAACAAAGGCACCAAGAGCGGAGAUAGCAGCACCAACCACAACGGAGAAGGAAACGGCCAGGCGGGUCAUUCUCUUGGCUCGGGCUUCACCAACAGAACAGAGCCCAGCAAGUCUCCUGGGAGCCUGCGCUAUAGUUACAAAGACAGCUUGGGGUCCGCCGUGCAGAGAAACGCGGGUGGCUUUCCUCAGUAUCCUGCAGGACAAGACAAAGGGGAUUUUGCUGGUCACGGCGAACGGAAGGGGCGAAAUGAGAAGUUUCCCAGCCUCCUGCAAGAAGUCCUCCAGGGUUACCACCACCACCCUGAUAGGAGGUAUUCCAGGAACGCACAGGACCAUCAGGGAAUGACAGGAGGCCUGGAAGGAGCCAUGAGGCCCAAUGUCUUGAUCAGCCAGACGAACGAAUUAGCUAGCAGGGGCCUCCUAAAUAAAAGCAUUGGGUCCCUCCUGGAAAACCCCCACUGGGGCCCCUGGGAGAGGAAGUCGGGCAGCUCCGCCCCUGAUAUGAAGCAGAUCAAUCUGGCUGACUAUCCAAUCCCCAGGAAGUUUGAAAUGGAGGCUCAGUCGUCAGCCCAUGAGCCUGGGGGAGGCCUUUCAGAACGGAGGUCAGUGAUCUGUGAUAUAUCACCGUUGCGACAGUUGGUCCGGGACCCGGGGGCCCACACUUUGGGACAUAUGGGUGCCGAUGCCCGGAUGGGCAGGAACGAACGUCUCAAUCCAAGCUUAGGCCAGUCGGUCAUCCUUCCAGGUGGUUUGGUGUCCAUGGAAACAAAACUGAAGUCCCAGAGUGGGCAGAUAAAAGAGGAAGAUUUCGAACAGUCCAAGUCCCAAGCCGGCCUCAACAGCAAGAAAUCUGGUGACCAUUGCCAUCCGACUGGCAUCAAGCACGAAUCCUACCGUGGCAAUGCCAGUCCAGGAGCCGCAACUCACGACUCUCUCUCAGAGUACGGCUCCCAGCAGGACAGCAGGCCCAGCCCGAUGAGACGAGUGCCCGGCAGAAUGGGAGGCAGAGAAGGCAUGCGAGGCCGUUCAUCUUCUCAGUAUCACGAUCUGGCAGAGAAACUGAAGAUGUCUCCCGGCCGUAGUCGAGGGCCCGGGGGGGAUCCCCACCACCUGAACCCACAUGUGGCAUUCGAGAGGGCCAACAGGAGCUCCUUGCACGCGCCCUUCUCCCCCAACUCUGAAAGCCUCUCUUCUCCCUAUCACCCCAAUACCCGACCUCAUGCUUACGGGGACCCCAACCCCGGCUUGAACUCUCAGCUCCAUUACAAAAGGCAGCUGUACCAGCAACAGGAGGACUACAAAGACUGGGGUGGCAGCUCUGCUCAGGGGGUGAUCGCUGCGGCCCAGCACAGAGCGGAGGGACCACGCAAGAGCCCCAGGCAGCAGCAGUUUCUCGACAGAGUAAGGAGUCCUUUGAAGAAUGACAAGGAUGGCAUGAUGUACGGCCCACCCACUUCUUACCACGAUCCGGGGAAUCAGGACUCAGGUCGAUGCCUCAUGGCGAACGAUGGCAUUCCUUCCAACAAGGGCAUUGAUCUCAAGCAUGGUCCCCAGAAACUACAGCAGGAGUCUUGUUGGGACCUCUCCCGACAGACCUCUCCAGCCAAGAGUAGCGGCCCCCCGGGCAUGUCCAACCAGAAAAGGUACGGUCCUCCCCAUGAGACCGAUGGCCACGGGCUAGCCGAGUCUGCACAGUCAUCCAAGCCUGGUAAUGUGAUGCUGAGACUCCCGGGGCAAGAAGACCAGUCCCCCCAAAACCCGUUAAUUAUGCGGAGGCGGGUCCGCUCCUUCAUCUCUCCCAUCCCCAGUAAAAGGCAGUCCCAGGAGGGCAAGAACAAUAGCCCCGAUGACAAAGGACGAUUGCUUCCUCCCUCAAAAGAAGGGCCCGAUAAAGCGCUCAAUUCCUAUGCCCACGUGUCUCAUAAUCAGGAUGUUAAAUCUCUCCCCAAAAGGGAGUCCUUCAAGGACCUUUCAAGCCCUGACAAUAGAAGCUGCCCUGCCGUUAGCCUCACAAGCCCGACCAAGACCAAAAUACUCCCGCCCCGAAAGGGACGGGGGCUGAAACUGGAAGCCAUUGUUCAGAAGAUCACCUCCCCCAACAUCCGGAGGAGCGCCCCAUCCAGCAGUGCUGAAGCUGGAGCAGACACAGUCACCCUGGAUGAUAUCCUGGCCUUGAAGAGUGGCCCUCAGGAAGGCGGGAGCACCAGUGUUCACGAAGCUGACGCGGAGAAAAGGAAAGGAGAGGUGGCCGCCUCUGAUGUCAGUGGCCCCACAGGCCAGGAUUCAAACAGUGAAACUCCUCUCCCUCGCUCCUCCGAAGACUGGCGCAGUGGUGGGGAGGACAAAGUGAAGAAGGAGAUCCCUCCAGAACCUGGGAGUGCUGGGAAAGAUGCCCCUGGGGCCAUGGCCCCCCCAGCCUCACAGAAGCCCAUUGGUAGCCAAGCGAGACCUGAUGGGUCUCUGGCAGGAAGUGGACCUUUAAGCUUCCCUGACUCCCAAGGUGUCUCACCUGCAGGCAUCUCAACUCCUGAGCCAAAUAACAAGUCUGAGGAAAAAGAGGGAGAGGCGGUAACUGUUUCACCCAAACAAGAGUGUUUCCCCCCAAAAGGCUAUUUCCCAUCAGGAAAGAAGAAGGGGAGACCCAGAAGUGUGAAUAAACAAAAGAAGCAGCAGCCCCCACCUCCACCUCCCCCCCCAACGCAGGGCACAGAAGGUUCUGGGGAUGGGGAGCCCAAGCCCAAAAAACAGCGGCAGAGGAGGGAGAGGAGGAAACCUGGGGCCCAGCCCAGAAAACGGAAAACAAAGCAGGCCGUUCCGAUCGUCGAGCCACAGGAACCGGAGAUCAAGCUAAAGUACGCCACCCAAUCGCUGGAUAAAACCGACGCCAAGAAUAAGUCCUUUUUCCCGUACAUUCACGUAGUGAACAAGUGUGAGAUGGGGGCGGUUUGCACAAUCAUCAAUGCUGAGGAAGAGGAACAGAGCAAGCUGGCAAAGGGCCGGAAGGGCCAGCGCUCACUGACCCCUCCGCCCAGCAGCGCGGAAAGCAAGGUGCUCCCCUCGUCCUCCUUCGUCCUUCAGGGCCCCGUGGUGACCGAGUCUGCCGUGCUGGGGCACCUGGUCUGCUGCCUCUGUGGUAAGUGGGCCAGCUAUCGGAAUAUGGGCGACCUCUUUGGUCCCUUUUACCCUCAAGAUUACGCAGCCACCCUCCCCAAGAACCCGCCUCCCAAGAGAGCCACAGAAAUGCAGAACAAAGUAAAGGUACGGCACAAAAGUGCUUCCAACGGCUGUUCCAAGACGGACACGGAGGAGGAGGAAGAGGAGGAGGAGGAGGAAGAGCAGCAGUCGCAGCAGCAGCAGCCACAGCCGCAGCAGCCACAACAGCCACCACCAACCCCGCAGCCAAAGGAGCAGAAGGAGCAGCGCAGUCUGGCCACCCACCCCAGGUUUAAGAGACGACACCGCUCUGAGGACUGUGGCGGCACCCCGCGCUCCCUUUCCCGGGGGAUCCCUUGUAAAAAGGCUACCGCAGAGGGCGGCAGCGGCCCCAGUGAAAAGACUCCUUCGGACUCAAAGCCCGCGGGGCCCGCGUCAGAAGGCGCAGGCCCUGAGCUGGAGCUACACAUUCCUGAGCUACCUCUAGACAGUAAUGAACUUUGGGUCCACGAGGGCUGUGUUCUCUGGGCCAACGGCAUCUACCUGGUCUGUGGCAGGCUCUACGGGCUGCAGGAAGCCUUGGAAAUAGCCAGAGAAAUGAAAUGUUCCCACUGCCAGGAGCCAGGCGCCACCUUAGGCUGCUACAACAAAGGCUGCUCCUUCCGGUACCAUUACCCGUGUGCCAUCGAUGCAGAUUGUUUACUAAAUGAAGAGAACUUCUCAGUGAGGUGCCCCAAGCACAAGCCUCCCCUGCCCUGCUCUCUUCCCCCCUUGCAGAACAAGACGGUGAAAGGCGGCCUCAGCACAGAGCAGUCGGAGCGGGGCUGAGGGGGGCACUGUGCCCAUGGGAAUGGAAAUUAAAGAAGCACAGGUUAGGCUGUUGAGAUAAGAAGGUGGUGGACACUCGUGACGGAAUGGAAUCUGUCCCACUGUGCAGCCACGACCCACCCCCCUCCCCCACCCCCGAUGUGCCUGCUAAUGCCAGCACUUCCUUCAUCAAUUCGUACAUCCCACGUGACUGGUGACGCCACAGGAAAUGCCCAAGGAGUCCGGAUGGCUGUUUCCAUGGACGCAGUCUUCAUAGUGACAAUGUGGGGAGGGGGGUGGGGGAAGG